AUGAACUGCUAUCCCAAUGAACCUGACGCGAGAGAACACACAAUCUGUGCUCCCUUCAAAGGCCCUUACUCUCACUUCACGAACUGCUCCGAGCUCGCUGAAGCCUGCUACGAUGGCUACGUUGCCUCUCCUAAGGUCAUGGCGGACGACGGCAUGCAGAAAUUUUACAUCGGCGGCAUCAGAGACUGGAUGGAAUUCAAAGAGUGCGCUAAGAAUGCCACCGGAAACGGCCGUUGGUUCGGAGGCAUGGAUUACACCGCGGGCUGCGAGAUCAAAAGCGCCUCCGAUGUUCCCGCCACGACUAACUCGACCGAUGAUGGACAGAAGCGAGUCUGCAACGCCGCCUACUCGAAGCAUUCGGUCAAGAGCAAGGGGACCAUGCUCUUCAGCUACGUCGUCAUCGCCCUUACCAUGAUGACAUGCUUCUCCAUGGCGGGCGCCAGCGGCAUUUCGCAGGUGCACCACCGCCACCACGGUCGCCAUCGAGCGGCUACGCUGACCAAAGUUGGCCAUGGAUCGUGGGACAACAUCACCUGGCACGCCGAGUACCUCGCCCAGCUCGGGCACGGGAGCUACGGCGCUUCGGACGGCGCGAUCGCGUCCAAGCUGGACAAGCGAACCAUCGAUUGCAACACGUGCGAGGUCAACUUCUGGGACCAGGCUGGAUGCAAGGGCAAUCUCUACCAUUACACGGCGACGGAGAAGUCGGUCGACGAAGAUGACUGCAACAUGCCCUUCGGUCAUCGUUCUUGCAACGACCCCAACCUUACCCAGAGUAAGGCCGAGAUGUGGGUGAGCUCGGCUCUGCCCGGGUCCAAUUCCGAGGCGGUGAUCACGGUGGACCAGUCGUGCGGCGACGGUCCCACCGCCUUGACGACGAUCAAGCCGAACAAGGGAUGCGCCUACCUGGGCACGAUUACGGGCAACGAGGGGCUCAUGUGCUACUCGAAUGGUGGCGUACCCCUUCGCAGGCGUAACUGGUUCACUAACAUUUUCAAGCAUCACGAUUCUCCGCCCCCUCCCGCCCCUGACGCCCCUCCUGCUCCUCCCGCGCCUGCCCAGGAGAACACCUGCCAUGGCUUCCGCGUGGACCGUCAAUACGACAUGCAGACGCCCUCGGUUCAGAUCGGUCCCACGGUCGACUGCCGCAACGAGCACAGCGACUGCACGACCACCACGAGCAGCUCCGAGACCAAGACGAUCGAGACCACAUUCAAUGCCACCGCCGGAGUCUCGGCAGGCCUUCCAAUCGCGAUCGGCAAGCUGUUGCCCUUCAAAUUCUCGGCCAGCGUCUCUUUCGGUAGGGAUUACACCGACUCGCUCACCACAACCGUCAGCAACGGCUUCACCGUCAAGGCGGGCGAAAUGGGCUACCUCAGCGCCUCGGGCGACAUGACCGUCUUCGAAGGCACUUUCACCGAUUGCGACGACAAAGUGGACCGCUCCGGUACGGUCCACGCUGUCAAGGCUGGCAAGGUCUUCCACCGUAUCGUCUACACCAACUAA